AUGUCUCUGACUUGGCGGAGUAGGCGCAACCUAUUGAAGUAUUUUCCACUAUGCCGUCUGAUUGUCACGGAAUGUAUCCUUUCUGGUUUAUUGUCUCAAAGUGGAAAAAAGGUUCUUCACAUCAACAAGAAUCCUUACUAUGGAGGAGAGAGCACAUCACUUUCUCCCCUUGAAGAGCUUUACAAGAAUGUUAAGGUUCCUGGUCCUGAUCGGUCAAUGGGCCUUGGAAAAGAGUGGAACCUCAACAUCAUCCCCAAAUUCUUUCUUGUCAAUGGUGAACUGGUAAAACUCUUGCUGCACACUGAAGUUAUCUGAUAUGUGGACUUCAAAGUGGUUGAAGGCAGUUAUGUAUACAAAUCAGGCAAAGUGCACAAAUCGUGUGGGGAAACCAUCAGAUGGAUCUGGCUGUAUUCUGAGUCUCUGUCCCACCACAACCCCAGUACAUAACUCUACCCCGUGUACUGCCUGGGAGAAUUACCACAGGUGUUUUCCAGACUGAGUGCAGAGUAGGGAGGAACUUUCCAUUUGAGCACAACAGUGGAUGAGCCGGUGAUGGAUGAUGCCAUGGUGAAAGCUGUGAAAUGUGAGGGGAAGCUCUUCCACUGUAAACAGCUCAUCUGCGACCCCAGCUAUGUUCCUCAUCGAGUGAGGAAAGUGGGGCGUGUGAUAAGAGUCAUUCAUCCGGUUAAAAACACCCCUGAGGUCAACUCCUGUCAAAUCAUCAUGCCUCAAAUGCAACUUAACAGAAAAUCAGACAUUUACAUAUCUGUGGUGUCCUAUGCCCAUAAUGUGGCCUCAGACGGGAUGUACAUGGCCACAGUGAGCACCGCUGCAGAAACCAGAAACACAGAGAAGGAGGUUCAGCCGGGGCUGGAGCUCCUCGAGCCCCUUGAACCUAAAUUUGUUUCCGUCAGCAACGUAUUGGUUCCCAAUGAUGAUGGAAAGCAGAGUCAGCUAUUUGUGUCCCGCUCAUAUGAUGCAUUAAACCACUUUGAGACUGAAUCAAGGACAUUAGAGACAUGUGUUUUAUAA